AUGAUUGAGGAUGCACUCCAAGUGUUCGAUGAAAUGAAGAAAGUUGGAGUUUGCCCUUCAUUAGAAACAUGGAACUGUCUUUUACUUUCUUCCAUUCAAGAAGGGUAUACGAAUCUUGUAUGGGAAUUAUAUGGUGAAAUGAUGCAAUCUGGCAUUGUUGCAGAUCUUGAUACUGCCAGUUGCUUGAUCCAAGCCUUUUGUUUGGACAGAAAUGUCACAGAAGGGUAUCAUCUUCUUCAACUAUUUUUAAACAAAGGGUAUGUUCCUCACAAAUUUGCUUUUGACAAAUUGUUAUUUGAAUUUAUACUGGAUCAAAAGUAUGACAGAGUACCCGGUCUUCUUCGCCGGAAGAUUUACUUUCCACAUGUCAAGGAUUUCAAUAACCUAUUGAUUAACAGAGACCAAGUCUACAUGAAUGGUGGGAGGGUUUUUUGGGUGAGAGGAUGGAAGGUGAUAAGCCGAUAUUAG